CUCUCCGAUAUAAGACACGUACCUCCGCUUUGGGUCAAACAUUAAAAGAAGAGUGGCAGGAGAAGAAUAGCGACUGCGCUGUAGCGCUGCGGAAUUCACCAGACUUUGCAAUCUUUUCUGUAAUUCAGAGGGUUAUUGGAGCCCACUCACCACAGGUGAGACUCGCCGCAAAAGAGACGGCAAUUGCCGCUCCCCUCGAAUCAUUAUUAUCGUGGAAGCGCAGAUUUGAGCACAUUUCACUGAGGAGACGCACACGAACUCACCGCUUCGCCAGGAGGGUACUCAGGCGAAUCCUGCAUACCCUUUAAAAUCUUGGCUGCUUUACCCACCUCUAUUUACCAUGUCGCUGUUGUAAAGCGGGAACAACUUGAACCUCAGUCAGACCUGCUUUGGAGUUUACAUGUUCACCCGGAGACUCCGACUCCUGGAAGUCCGGCAACAGGCUGCUAAGUUUUCAGGUGACUCGAAAUCUGUCAGGCUUCCCUCAAUGCAGUGAUGUGUGUUAAUAUCACAGAAGUGACGACAUACAAAAAUAACACUGUGGAGCCCGCCAUCCUGGUCUCUGUCUUUGCAAUGAGUGCUGGUGUCCUGUCUAACUGUCUGGCUUUGAUGAUCCUUGUGAGUGCAUACAGACGCUUUAGGUUGAAGUCAAAAGCAAAUUUCCUGUUUUUUGCAGCUGGCUUGGUAUUUACUGAUUUCCUGGGACAUGUCACCAAUGGCUCUCUCGCACUAUAUGUUUAUGCACAGCACAAAAACUGGAGUCAUUUUGACCCUCACGAAAUCUUGUGCAAUAUUUUUGGAGUUUGCAUGGUUUUUUUUGGAUUGUGCCCUUUGAUUCUUGGUAGUGUAAUGGCAGUGGAACGGUGCAUAGGCAUCACCAAUCCUUUGCUACAUUCCACCAAGCUGGCUCCCAAGCAUAUGAAGAAGCUCUUGUUUCUGGUGUGGCUUCUGGCCAUGUUUGUUGCCUUAUUGCCUAUAAUAGUGGGAAGACACUAUAAAGUCCAGGAAUCUCGAAGUUGGUGCUUCUUCAAAAUUCAGAAAUUGGAUGGAUUGGACAGAUGUUUUUUGCUGCUCUUUUCAGUUUUAGGAUUAUUGUCACUUUUUGCAGCAAUGCUUUGCAAUACUAUCACAGGAUUCACCUUAGUGAAAUUAAAAAUGAAAGAGACAAGACACAGACAAGGACGAUCCCAUCAUUUUGAAAUGAUAUGUCAAUUGCUAGCAAUCAUGCUGGUUUCCUUUAUCUGCUGGGGUCCAUUCCUGGUUUGCUUUUUUAUCAUCGGAAGUAGAGGAAAGAACAUUAAUUGUGAAACAUUGCUGCUUGCUGUUCGAAUUGCUACUUGGAAUCAAAUCUUAGACCCCUGGGUUUACAUUCUACUUCGUAAGGCAGUGCUAAAGAAAAUAUUUUUCAUCAGUCGAAACUGCUGUGGAUACCAAGACAUCCCUCUUGACAAAUGGAACUGCAAUUCAGCCAAGGGCUCGCUGCAAACACCGUCAUUUUCCAGCAGGACAGACUUCAGGCCAGGAACUUCACUGAGAGUCAUUACACCGGAUACUGCAAUUGUGACACCAUUUAGCUGACAUUAAGGAUGAUACUGAAGAUCAUGAAGGAGAGAGCGACAGAAUCCAUGCUGUGCAAUUUAUUCCAUGGGUGUUGAUGGCUUUCUGAGUAUUGCGGAAAAUAUUUAUAAAAACAAUAAAUAAGCUGCACUCAUGUUGAUUUGUAGACCAGGUUUUCUACAAGUGCAUUACGCAUGCACACACAGCUUUUUUUUGUGUAUCGUAUGCACACUGGGGGAUAGGACAUCAGGUGUACGACUUGGUAUAGCAUUGGGAGGAAUGUCAAAAACAAUGGAAGGACAAUUCAUGGCUGAUCACUUUGUCCAAAUUGCACUCUGGGUUAUUUGGUUUUAAGUGACCACAAUGUAAUAUCAGAGUAUUUUGGGAAAAAAGGCCCUGGUAAGUGCCAAAUAAUCAUACAUGGCUUUAUUAACCUCCAUUAAAGUAUAAAGCAACUGAAGGAGCACUUGUGGCAACAGAGUUGGAUUUGGGGCGCUUACCAAAAAUGGACAGACAUUUUAAACUUAACGAUUUUUACAUUUAUUUCUGCUGGAAGGUUUCAAAUGCUGUUCAUUAUAUCUGCAGUUAAAUUAAAGAGCUGGAGAUUAUAUAUGAAUACAGCUGGCCCACAUGCCAUGCAGGACACAUCUGUCCCAUGCAAACUGAAUGUAUGGCAAGGCACUGUUAAAUAAAAGAAAAUGGUAAUUGUAAAAUGUAACAUUAUAUAUUUAAGAGAACUAAAUGGCCAGUUUUAGUUGUGUCUUUUUUGAUGAAUUACUGUAUAUGUAUAUUUCCUGAAAUGAUUCAUCAGUAAUUCAAACAAAGUGAAAAGAGGAUUGCUUUCACUUAACAUAUUGGUCUAUACAACACUGGGUCUUAGACCAAGUUAGAACAAUUCUAGAACUGGCUAUGUGUGAAAUUUAAAAAAAAAA